AUUAAAUUUUAUUUGUAAACUAGAUAUAUAUAAAUGUAAGUGUGGAAAUAGGAGUGGUAUAAUUGAGUGUAAUGAUGGUUACAUAAAAUAACACAUAGGGAGCGAGUCCCAGGGUCUGAAAUGGGAAUUCUUCCCAAUUGCCUUUGGUGUUCCCACUUCCAUGCCUCCUUUUAAGCCUCUCGUGCCAUUUGCAACUUCCCCCAUUUAAAAGCCCCAACCAUCUUCUCACACCUCCUUAGCUUACCUACACACAUGCCCAUCCGAUGAUGACGACAACCACGGCGGAGAACGACGAACGGCAAACCGGAAACCUCCCCAACUUGGCCGUCGUCCGAGCAAGCCCCGAAAGCUCCAAAACCACAAACAACAAAGAACAAGACAGAUUCCUGCCGAUAGCCAACGUGGGACGGAUCAUGAAAAAGGUGAUCCCCGGCAACGGCAAGAUCUCCAAGGAAGCCAAGGAGACCGUCCAAGAAUGCGUGUCGGAAUUCAUCAGCUUCGUCACCGGAGAAGCCUCCGACAAGUGCCAGCGCGAGAAGCGGAAGACGAUCAACGGCGACGAUAUCCUCUGGGCCAUCACCACCCUCGGAUUCGAGGACUACGUCAACCCCCUCAAACUCUACCUCAAUAAAUACAGAGAGAUCGAAGGAGAGAAACUUAACCUUCCAAAACAGCCACCCCAGCUGCAACAGCCGCCCUCCUCCGCCGCCAAUUUGGCUUACAACGCCGCCGCUACCAAUGUAUAUUCUUCCUCUCCGGCGACUCUCCUCUCUCACCAUCAUCAUCAACCUUCCUAUAUGUCCUCCUCUGAUCAUCAUCAUCAUCUUCUUCACCAACAGUUCCCUAAUUUGGCUUUCUCGCCCCAGAACUCUGUUCAGUCUCAGUUAACAAAACAGGAACAGAUUGAUUCAGUGGGGCAUUGGUAAUCAUAAACAUGCAUUACUGCUCCAUUUUUUGGUGUAUUUUUCCUUUCCCCCAAUAUUUUUUCUUCUUUUAUUGUUUUCCUUUUCACAUGUAAUGUAAGUAUAUAGUGAGAUCAUUUUUGAAGCCACUAUGUAAUAUAAAUACAUCAGUAGAGAAGUUUCAGAAAAUGGGACUACUUUUCCACUUGAAAGAAAAAGGUUAAUUCCAAAUUA